AUGAACGGUGGAUUCUGCAUUGUGCUCAAGAAAGCCUCAGUGUCGCAAGCCGAAGCCGCGGCGGCGCGCGAUGUCACGAGACAAGAGCCGGCCCGCGUUUUGCCAACUGGCUCGUCAGCUGUCGGCAAGUCCGUGGUUGGCCUCGUCUUCUGCGCCUACUUGGCGGCGUACCACGACUACGACAUUCUCUACAUUCGAGCUUUGAGCGAUGACCCGUUCGUGCCCGUGCUCGUCGUUCGCUUCUCCGGCUGCCACGUCACCAAGGACCCCACGUUCUCACCAAAAGCUCCGAGCAUCAGUCCGUUCCAAGAUUCGUUCAAGAGCGAGAGCGUCGCUGUCGGCAAGAAACACUUGGUUGCUGGUGACGGGUACGAGUCCUACGUGUUCGAACUCACGGGUUUUGCACUAGGUCGCUUGACGGAUGCGGUUUGCUCGCCCGACUCGGUGCUGGUUCUUCUUCCAGCAUGGACCAAAAGCACGCUUCAGGCCAAAGCCGCAACAAGCGCUGCGCAAAUGCAGACCUUUGACGAGCGCUACGCUGUUUCGGGUGGCAGCGUCGGUCGCUUUCUCAUGGACCCCAAGCAGCUCCGGGACAGCCUCGCGACCGAAUACGAUUUUUUAAACUGGUACUGGCGACAGCUUCGGUUCAUCAAGGACGUGGACGUCUACGAGCAGUACCUCUCUUUCAUACAUAGCCACCCCAUCAACGACGCCUCGUUUGCGCUGCGGCAUCUAUUGCCCGAGAGUACUAUCGACAACUACGCCUAUGAUUGUAAGUGGAGUGCGUUGACGACGAACGCGUCGCUCUACGCGAUGCAAUUCACCGCGCUCGUGACGAAGCUCGCAUUUGACCGAGUGCUCAAGCUGUUGAUUUCGCAAGACAAACCCGAGCUGCUCAUCGACGCCAGCUGUACCGUGGUGAGCGGUCAUGCCACCAGUGCAGCUUGCCUCGCGUACCUCCAACACGACCUGCCACCGGCAACGUACUGGUACUCGGGAUGCGACGACUUUCCUGCUGUCAAUGGCAUCUUUGUUCAAGACGGCUGGAUCAACUACGUCCAGACGACGGUGCUGCCCGACCAUGUGGUUGCGUGGGGCGAGUUGGCCAUCGUCCACGCAUCAGUCAAGCGCAACCCGAAUCUCAAGGGAUACAAGCACCGCUUGGUACUGGUCAUGCCGGUCAAGGUGACGUGGGUCGGUCUCGAAUUCGCACCCGAGAUUGACGACGUGGUCGUGUGUACGGGGGUCGUUGCGCUCUAUCGAGCCGUCGACUACGGCAAGCCGGAAGCCACUGAGUACAUGUGUGUGUGUGGAUGCCAAGAGGCGCCGGCCUCGCCCGGGAGUUUUACGUAACGAGGAUGAAGGUCUUGUG